UAAUGCACUCUUAAGUGGGAUAUUGGCAGUGUCUCAAAACCCUACGAGCUGCCUACCUAGACUGCAUUUUUGGGACUGUGUGUGGGAGUGACCGGUAGGAGCACAGGAAGCGUUGUUUGUCUGCUAUUGUAUAAUUGUUGGUCAACGUACUACGCACUCAUGAUGUUUCUGGUAUUCGUCGUGUCUCUCUGAUGUUUCACUGUCUCGCGCCAUCAGCGUUGUCGGGUUAAACGUUGUGUAACUUUUAUUAACUUUUAAAUGCGAAACGAAACCCCCUGUGUUCUGUGCCAUUUCGCUGCAUUAUAUCUAGCUGUUUUGGACACAACUAGACGUGUGAACGUCCCCAUACUUUUUGCUAGUGUAUCGGUUGCCGCGGACUUUUGAGUGACGUGACAAACUCGUAGCGAUCGACUAGGCGUUACUAUCCUGCCUGCCGUGCAGUUUUCCUCAUCACUCCAGUGGACUGGCUUUAAACAAAGACUACCGCUGAACACGGAGCACCUGGGCUUUCUCCUAUGCCCAAAGCGAAGUGGCGUAUCUGUUGUGACUGCGCUGUACUUUUGUUUAAUGGUGACACAUCUGACUGGGAACAUACACAGUAGAAAAUCGUUUCAGGUUGCGUAUAUACACACAGUCUGCGCGCAACUAUGCCGCGAAGAAAACAGCAGGCGCCGAAACGAGCGGCAGCUUAUGAUUCAGAGAAUGUAAAGGAGACCCCCAUAGAGACUGAAGAUACUGGAAGUGAUUGCUCAGUGGCCAAGGAGACACUACAGGACGAAGAUGAUUUGGGAGAAGACUUAAAAAUCCCAAUGGAUGAACAACAUUCCCCUGCUGCCGAGCUAUCAAGUCAUGAUGUUGACAGUGAAUCUCACAUAAGUGAAUCUAGUGAUCCCAUAUCAGAUACAGAGAGCACCCCAAACAAAAAAGAGGUGGAGGCCACAAGAGACUUUCUAAAAGACAAUUCUGAACACACUGUAUGUAUUACAGACAGCCUAGAACAGAUGAAGGCUAUAUACAAAAGCUUUCUCAACAAUCCCUACUGGUCCUUUUUGAACUUGAAUUCCUCUCAACCGUAUGCAGAUGAACAGACAGCCAGUAGCAGCGGUAGCAGUAGCAGCAACAGCAGUCCUGGACGCAACUGCUACGAUUGGCAUCAGUCUGCUAUUGCAAAGACAUUCCAACAGGUCUCUCAAAAACAACCUAUUGCACUUGAACCAAGUAUUUUUUCCACUGUCCAGCUCUACCGCCAAAGCACUAAACUCUAUGGAUCCAUCUUUAAUGGUGCUAGCAAGUUCCACUGCAAAAGCUGCAGUGCAGCAUAUGACACGCUGCUUGAUCUCACAGUGCAUAUGAAUGAAACAGACCACUACCGUGAUGACAACCUCGAAAGUGCUAGCAAGGGUGCCAAGUCAUGGUCCAAGCCACGUAAGCGCUCUCUUUUGGAGAUGGAAGGAAAGGAAGAUGCCCAGAAAGUCCUACGCUGUAUGUACUGUGGACACUCCUUUGAAUCUUUGCAAGACCUCAGUGUGCACAUGAUAAAGACUAAGCAUUACCAAAAGGUUCCUCUGAGGGAGCCAAGAACAGCAAUUGCUGCUAAAGUUGUGUCUUCAUUCAGAAAGAGGGUUCCAAUGGAGAUGGAUGCUGCAAAAUCUUUGCAAACAAUGGAGCAGACAAAAAGUCCUAAUGAUGGGCAGGCCAGUGAUAUUUUUCAGAUGUACUCUGAACAAACCAACAGUAAAAACUUUAAAGAUCAAAAGACGACAAACCGUGGUACACAGUUCAAGUCACAGAAUCUUAAAUGUAUGGAGUGUGGUAUUUUGCAUGACUCUAUUCAGCACUUGAGUGCUCAUAUGGUGUUGACCGGCCACUUUGUAAAAGUUACUCAAUCAUUGCAAAAAACAGACAAGCCCCCUCAUCCUAAAAGUAAGUCUGAGAAGUCUCAGUCAGGUACAACAUGUUCUUCCCCACUCUCAGCCACAGGAAUCUUGGAGUCAUCAUCCAUAACAUCUGUAAUAACUGGGGACAACAAGAACAAGACACAAGAAAUUACUUCUCAGAAAGACAGUGAAUGCAAGGAGUCUGCAAAUGUAAAUGACAUUAAGCAGAAAUUCAGCACAUUAACAAAGUCUGAAUACCUUACUGAAGAUGAUCUAAAAGAGAGUCCUAAAAUGGAUUUUGAUAUUCUAAAAUCACUGGAGAAUACAGUGACAUCUGCCAUUAACAAAGCACAGAGGGGUGCCCCAAGCUGGGGCGGUUACCAGAGCAUUCAUGCAGCUUAUCAGUUGCAAAACCAUCUGAAACCUGCUCUGCACAACUCAGGCUAUAUUUCUUCUUUAAAACAAUCAUCCAGUAGUCAGGAAGUCCAGUCUUUAGACAAAAGUCAUUUGAUUCCUCCAAGCAUUCCACCAAAAGCUUCCUCAAACACAGUUAAUCUCCAUGAGGUGGACAAACUGGAAAACAAAGUAUCCGCAAUGGUUGCUGAAGUAGACAGGCAAUUUAAUGACGUGAAUGGGCAGGGAUCACCACAUCUGCAGCUGCUGAAUCUUAAAGGGAAAUCACUGGUGUCAAAAUCUCCAAGCCUGGAUAACAUGAUUACAUCUAUGAGCAAUAUUACCGAGGGUAACACAAACGAAAGUGAAAUUCAGAAGCACACGCAAGACUUCAGAACUCACACCACCUCUACUUCAGAUCUGUAUGGUGACGCUGGUCUAUUAUCUGCACACCCUGAGCCAAAACAACCCUCUGUUAGUCCUCUAAGUGCCCUUCAGUCUGUUAUGAACCUUCAUCUGGGUAAAGCUGCCAAACCGCUAAGGCCUGUCCAGGACCCUAUGAGUAUGCUUCUCAGGAUGAGCAACAGCAUGGCAGAAAGGGCCGCUCUCGCCGCUCCAUCUGGACACUCGACGAAACUUAGCAAGUCACAUUUGGACUGCCAUGAAAUUUGCAGAGACCAACCGAUAGACUUGUCCAAAGGCAAAAGUGAACAAUGUCUCAGAGCUGCUGCCCUACCAGGCAAAGCUGUGAGUUCAUCUGUGACUGAAUCAACUAGUUCAAAAAUCUUCACACCAGUGAGUCCUUUGCGGGAAAAUGCCCUCUCUGACAUAUCAGACAUGCUGCGGAAUCUCUCAGACUCUCAAGUUCUGAAACCCCCAACACUUUUAUGUAGGCCAGAGCAGUCAGAAAUCGAAGGUUCCCAUACAUCAGAUGAGGCAGAGGAUACGUCAGUGGUGCACAAACGUAAAGGUAGGCAGUCACACUGGAAACCCCAGCACUUGCUGAUUUUGCAGGCUCAGUUCACGUCUUGCCUCAGGCAGACAGCUGAUGGAAAGUAUGUGAUAUCAGACUUGAGCUCCCAGGAAAGGAUGGUCAUAUCACAAAUAACAGGUCUAUCUAUGACAACCAUCAGCCACUGGCUGGCCAAUGUGAAGUACCAGCUCAGACGAACAGGCAGAACAAAGUUCAUAAAGAACGUUGACUCAGGACGCCCAGUUUUCUACUGUAGCGAAUGUGCAACACAGUUCCAAGCUCGUUCUACUUACAUCUGUCACCUCGAGUCACACCUUGGGUUUAAAAUGAAAGACUUGGCUAAACUUUCUUCUAAGGAUUUCAACCAGAACAUUAUGAAGCAUUCUAAAAGCACUUCCUUAAAACUUGUGCUUCCAGCUGUAUCGCCAGCUAGAGGAUGUCAGGAGCAACUGCUACCAGUGCCAGCGCUGUAAACAAACUAUAUAAUCUUACAGUUAACAUUGUAUGCCAGGAUAUUUAUUGUACUCAAAGUUGAGAACAGACAGUAGAACCAUAGUGUAACGAUUAAUUCACAGUUACUUACAUAUUCGUGCAUUAACAUACAUAAUUGGCCUUGUAGGCUAAGCUUUGUGAUCUUUGGUGUUGUCAUGGGAAUUUAGCAUUAAAAGUUCUAAGGUGGCUAAUGUCAGCUUUACCAAAUAGAUACUCCGUAUAAGAAAUCUAUUAUAUGUAAACGUGUCUUAAAAUUAUGAACGUUCUGAAAUAAUCAUGAACAUUUUGGGGGGAGAUGUUUCUGUUCUGAUGAGAAAAGAAUGUAAAUUUGUACAUAGACAAACUAUGUUAUGCAUAUUUUCCAAAAUAUGGCUUGCUUUCAUUAUUGCCUGUGCUACUACUUGGUUUGUUUGUGCAUAAAGAAUCUGAUUUAUUGAGAUGUAUAACUAAAGAACUGUAUAUAAAGUGUUAUAAAAGACGUAGUCUUAAACCUCUUUGUUGUUGAUAUAAUUUGCAAUGACUUGCUUUUUUACAGAUGCGUUUUCACUUCUGUAUCACUUCUUAAUUUUUAUUCUAGCCAGAUUUGUUAAUCAGUCUAUUUAACCAGACAUUUUUGACUGUUUUUAUUUACACAUUUUUUGUUGAAUGUUAAUACAUUGAAUGAGGCAUGCCAUCCAAAUAUGUAAAAUGUAAAAAAACUGCAGUCUUUUUAUAGAAAAACAAAAACAAUUUGAAGAACAAAAACUUGUUUGUCUUUUUUUUUAAUACAUGCCAUUCACAUUUUUAUUCUGUUUAAUUAAUGUUUUUCUGAUUAUGGCACCAGUUUAACCUGAUUUCAGCAUUCAAUAUAUUUAAACCCAUUGUU